UUGGCAAACUUGUUUAUCUUCCUUGGUGCUAACUUAGCUGGUAUCUUCACCCAUUAUCCUACUGAGGUAGCACAGAGGCAAGCUUUCUUGGAGACCAGAAGAUGCAUCGAGGCUCGGCUCAUCACUCAGCGAGAAAACCAACAACAGGAACGUUUACUGUUAUCGGUUUUACCGCGCCAUGUCGCCAUGGAGAUGAAAGCCGACAUAGCGAACAAGAGAGAAGAUAUUCAGUUCCACAAGAUUUACAUUCAAAGGCAUCAAGAUGUCAGUAUACUGUUUGCAGAUAUUGAAGGCUUCACAAAACUCUCUUCAACUUGUACUGCUCAAGAACUUGUAAAACUCCUCAAUGAACUCUUUGCUCGAUUCGACAGAUUAGCGCAGGACAAUCACUGUUUAAGAAUCAAGAUCUUGGGUGACUGUUAUUACUGCGUUUCAGGGCUACCUGACCCAAGGCCAGACCAUGGACACUGUUGUGUGGAGAUGGGAUUGGACAUGAUAGAAGCAAUAUCGUUGGUUCGUGAGGUCACCAAUGUCGAUGUCAACAUGAGGGUUGGUAUCCACACAGGCAAAGUGCACUGCGGAGUCCUGGGGAUGAGAAAGUGGCAGUUCGAUGUCUGGUCAAACGAUGUCACACUGGCAAAUAUCAUGGAGGCAGGCGGUAUGCCUGGGCGUGUUCACAUCACCAAAGCAACGUUGAAGUUUUUGAAUGGUGAUUAUGAAGUUGAAGCUGGAAAUGGCCAGGAUAGGAACACUUAUCUCCGGGAUCACAACAUUGAUUCUUAUCUCAUUGUACCUAAAAAUAACAGACCGAGUGCUCUCAAAUCACCCAUUACUACCAACGGUGAACAUAGAGGGCGAUCUUCAUCUGUAGUGCAGCUACAGAGCUGGGGAGCAGAGAAGCCAUUCUCCACCAUCAUGCCAGGCAAGGAAUCCAAGGAGAUGAGGAGGUUGGGUUACUCGGAGAAGACCGGCAAAUCGGGAAUGAACAAAAACAUUGAAAAUAGGUUGGGUCUUGAUAAGAACCAGGAGAAGACAGACCCUGAGGAAGAAGUGAAUGAAUUCUUAGGUCGUGCCAUUGAUGCAAGGAGUAUUGACCGGUUGAGAUCAGAACAUGUCCGCAGACUCACACUUACCUUCCUUAAAAAAGAUCUGGAAGAAAAGUAUUCUAAGGUUCGAGACCCGAUGUUCAGUUCCUACAUGGUUUGCGCACUUCUCAUCCUCAUCGCCAUAUGCCUUGCACAGGUUGUUGCCUUCCCUAAGACCUACCUUAUGUUAGGUGUGUUUGUUGGUAUAGUUGUCUUCUCAUCUCUCACCUUGUACAUAGUCCUUGCUGAGAAGUGUACGGCGAAUCCCAGUGGUUGCCAGACAGUAUCCAAGGUUAUUUUAGAAAGCAGAAUAUUAAGUUCAGUCUUAGCUGUUUGGACACUAUUUCUUAUGUUUGCUGCUUCCUUUACAAUUAUGUUUGCAUAUGACACGACGUCCGUUGAUGAAUGUGUCGCAUACAAGCUUGACUUACCCAGUGCCGAUGAUGUUAACGUCACCGAUGUCAUCGAUUCUAAUAUCACCUUAGGGCAAGAAAAUCAUCCCGACUGCUGGCCAGUUCAGCCUACAUGUCACUUCCCAAUGUACUUUACCUUUAGCAUUUUGCUUGUCAUGCUUAGUUGCGCCGUGUUCCAGCAGCUUGGCAGUCUGACAAAACUUAUAUUCCUUCUUCUAAUUGGUGCAAUAUACCUUUCCCUCAUGGAAACCAUUCAAGUCAAUCUUCUCACAAACUAUGAUAUUCUGCAGCAAGCUUAUGUCCAAAUGUUAGAGCCUAAUUACAUCUCCUUGACGAUAGUCACACCUGUUAUAUUGGUUGUAUACAUCGUCGCUCUAUGGAUACAUGGGAGACAGGUGGAAUCAACAGCAAGGCUGGAUUUCUUAUGGAAGCUACAGGCAACAGAAGAGAAAGACGAAAUGGCCAAUCUCCAGGCCUACAACAAACGUCUCCUCAACAACAUCCUGCCGUCCUUCGUAGCCGAGCACUUCCUCAAGAAUUCUGCCCGGGACAUGGACCUCUACCAUCGAGACAAUGACUUUGUUGCUGUCAUGUUUGCAUCCAUCUCAAACUUCUCAGAGUUUUACGUUGAGCUUGAGGCCAACAACGAGGGCGUUGAGUGUUUGAGACUCCUAAAUGAAAUCAUCCAUGACUUUGACGAGAUCAUUGGACGAGAUGACUUUAUCCAGAUUGAGAAGAUCAAGACCAUUGGCUACACCUACAUGGCAGCCUCAGGGUUAACGGAAGAAACCUUUGACAAGGAUGGCAACAGUCACGUCAGUGCUCUAGCAGACUUUGCCUUCUCCCUCAUGAAACAGCUCAAAUACGUCAAUGAACAUUCCUUCAAUAAUUUCAAGAUGAGGAUAGGUCUGAAUGUGGGUCCAGUCGUAUCAGGUGUGAUCGGUGCCCGCAAACCCCAGUACGACAUAUGGGGCAACACUGUCAACGUGGCCAGCCGCAUGGACAGCACUGGAAUACCUGAGAAGAUUCAGGUCACUCAAGAUAUGAGGAACAUCCUUCUUCCAAUGGGAUACAGGCUUACAGAGAGGGGCAUUGUUAAGGUCAAAGGCAAAGGGGAGAUGCUGACAUACUUCUUGAUCGGCCAACCGGGGGAUUCAUAGAAUUUGGCUUGGACUCACUAAAGGUCUGGUCCCACUGGCCAAUGGACACAAAACGUAUUUUUAACAGAUACAGCCGACAAGCAAAUUUCAGGGUGGCUCCAUCCGUUUUCAUCCGCUCCAGACAAUGGACAAAAUAAGCGAACAAUGAAAUCACAGUGGACGGAUGCUCGAUGGACAUAGAGCAUAUGGAACACGUAGGCAAAGUGAACACAACGGAUACAUAGCAUUUUCCAACGGAUGGCAAGAAUAUUUUCCGUUUUACAUCCUAUCUACAUCUGUAAGUGCAGUGGGACCAAGCCUUCAGACAACUCGUAAAAAGUUUGUGCCAUGUCUUUUAGCCAGACUCAUGGUGUAAAUAUGCUAUGUGUCUUUGCAUGGUAGCUUUUCUAUAUUUUCAACUUCGAGGGGCAUGAUGAAGGUCAUCAGGAAAUUGGAAAUGUUGAUACAAUUUUUCGAUCAGCCAGCCAGGGGGAUUCCUAAAAUUUUGGAAACAGACUCACAAAGAGAGGAAUUGUUUGGGUCAAAAACGAAGGGGGAAUGAUGAGAUACCUUGUUGAUUUGCAACCGGGCAAUCCUAUUUCAACUUUGGGGCAUUGCUAAGGUCAAACGGGAGGAGGAGAUGGACAUUCAUACCAACUCUUGCUAGUGAAACAAUCGUUAUGAACCAUACUAAGUUUUGUUUUAACCCAUCUCACUAUAUGUAGGCUUGCAAGUAUCAGAUAGUCUUUCUCAUUUGAACAAAAAUUCUGCAUUUUCAGGGUUCGCUCCUGCAGGUCAAACAGCAUUGCUUGGUAAUACCUUGAAACGUGUUGCUUUAGUCACAGCUAUAUGUUCCAUGUAAAACCUCUUGUGUGCUUAUAAAACGUUUUAUAUUUAUUUAAGAACAACCAGAUUUUAUUUUUGCUCUCAUAAUAUCAGGGUGGCUUGAUAAUCAUAGUUACAGUAUUUUAUUUUAUCAUUUUAAUUCCUUAUUAUUUGUCUUGUUAAAUUAUUUAAGAAGAAGAAGUUUCCUUGUUCCCCUCAAUAUCAGGGUUACUUCGUAAUCACAUACGUAUUAUCUUAUUUAUAUUUAUAGUUAUAUUCAUAACUACAUGUAAUUAUCAUUUGGUAUAUUGAAUGGAUAGUAACAUGGAUUUUGUUUUUAAUUCAUUUUUUUGCUUUUUGUAAAACUAUCAGGGUUCUAAAUGAUCACAGUUGUAUUAUUUUAUUUCUAUUCAUUUUAAUUCCUUGGUUAUCUACAUUAUCAUUCUUAGUAUUGCUUAUGAAUAUAUUACCUUUCUUCUUCAUGUAGAUAAAUUUAGAAGACACACUUGUUACAUGUACUUGUGUUUAUGAGUUGAAGAUUGGUUCAUUGUUUUCAAAAGAAACACAACCAAGUUUAUAUUUAAGUGAAAGAAAAUCUUGCCAUUGGACUUUUAAAGUUGUCUUUUUAAACAUAUAAUGAGAAAAGUUUGACAAAGCACCAGACUUGCAAUUUGCUUGUUCACAAAAUGUUGUUUUCAUAUGGAUGGAGUUAUAUAUAUGCCGAAAAUGUGUGAUCAAUUAAAAGAGAUUGAUUAUAAGAUAUAAGGAAUUAGAUUUUGUUACAAAUUAUUGAUAAGAUUAUAUAAUGUACAAUUGUAAUUCACCACUCAUGUGGGUUCUGGGCCCCGUCUUACAAAGAGUCACGAUUGAUCAAUUCAAUCGUAACUCUAUGGAAAUCCAUCAUUGUCAUAAUUUUUUCUACAGGAAUUUUUCGCAAUGUUCUAUGUACCAAAGAGAAACACAGUGAAUUUUCAAGAGCACGAUGAAUGCAUGAAUAUACAUCACAGCUAGAAAAUAUUUUGAACAAACAUGCAUAAUAGAUGUUGACGUUGCUGGUUUUCCAUAGUUGUGAUUGAUCAGAUCAAUCACAACUCUUUGUAAGAAUGGGCCCUAGUAUAUUGAUAACCUGAUCUAGCCCAAGGAUGCAAGCGAUCACCCAAAACAGUAAAUUGAAUUCCAAAUGAUGUGCAAAGAAAAAAUAUAUUUGCAAUGAUUUCUUACAAAUGUCUUCAUUCAGCCUCUAUGCUUCUGAGAUGGAGUGUAUACAUGUAUGUAUCUAUUUUUGUAGCAAAUAUAUCAUUAUGCAAGAAUGUGCUUGGUACUAGAUGAUAGAUUAUUAUGCUGUAGACAGUGGAUUAAGUAUAGUAUAUUAACCACUUCCAAAAUUUGGAAUAGCUAAGCUCUCCACUCAGUCACUCAGCAUCUCUCUCUGUUUAAAAGUGGUCUAUGACAUGCAUAUAAAAAAAAGUCGUUAAGAAUUUUUAUACAUUGCUGUUCAGUAUAUGAGUCUUGCAGUAGUUGUAAACACAAACAAGCGUCAAAAAUCUUUUAACAACAAAGUUUAGUUUUUAGUUCUUAAUGAAUGAAGUAUGGUUGUUAAAAUGUUAAACAACCUUUAUAAGGUUCAUAUAGUUAACAGAGUGGUAUAAAAAACAGUGUUUUUGCUCUGUGACAUUGCUGAUGGAAAUGUCACACUUCAAAGUUUUUAUGGCAUUAAAACCAAACUGCCGGGGGUAAAUUACAGUAUAAUAAUGAAUGUUUAUGACUUUUGUGAACAGAAAAUUGGAUUUGAACUCAGGAGAGAGAGAGAGGGGGGGGGGGAAGGCAAAACAAGAGCAUGAAUGGUCGUUAUCUUUGAGAUGAAUUAUGUAGCAUCUUUUAUGUCUCUAUAGUUAUUUCGGGGUUAGUGUUCUGUUUAUAGGGUUUUCAGAAAAUUGUACUCUAGCUGUUAAUAAGAUGAGAAAUACAAUGUAGGAACAUUUCUGAAUGAUGAUAUAUGAAGCUUUGCUCUCACAUAUAGGUGCAUGUAUAUGCAUGUACAUAUUGUAAAUGUUGUACAUAUUUAUAUGUAUAUAACAGGCAGUGCUUAAAAAGUAUGUAAAUAAAACAGCAUUAAACAAUGCAACAUUUCCUCCUUCUAUAGAUUUUAGUGAUUAAACUUGUAAAAAAAAAAUACCCAUGAUUCUUUUUUUAAAUCCAUGUAGGAUUCAUAUUAUCACAGAGUACUAUGUUUUCAGAUGUUCAGGAUAUUUAUAUAGAAAGAGAUGUCAUGUAUAUAUUUUUGAUUAUUUGUAAUAUAUAUUUACAGGUAUGUGAAUAUUCAUUAUAGUAUGGAAGUGUUUCAUUAUAAUUCUAUUUUUUAUUUGUUUUCUGUUUUUCUAUGAUGGGAAUCACUGGGAUACGUCCAGUGGGCAGGGGAAUCCCCACCAUGAAGAAUGUAAGUC